AUGUGCAUUAUUCUAACGCCAAGGCGGCUAAUAACAGAAGAGAUACCUUCAGUUGUGAACGAAUUUAGGCUAGUUGCUAAGGAUGCCAUAGAAGCUGGCUUUGAUGGUGUUGAAAUACAUGGAGCUCAUGGCUAUCUCAUUGAUCAGUUUAUAAAAGACCAAGUUAAUGACCGAAUUGACAAUUAUGGUGGAUCUCUACAGAAUCGUUGUAGAUUCGCUCUAGAAGUAGUUAAAGUAGUUGCAAAAGAGAUUGGAGACUCAAAUCCAGAAGCUCUAGGCCUUUAUUUGGCUAAUUGCCUCAGCAAGUGUGGAAUUCUUUUUUGUCAUAUGGUUGAACCUAGGAUGAUUACUGCGUGGGAGAAAGAGGAAUCUUCUCAAAGUUUACUACCCAUGAGAAAAGCUUUCAAUGGUACUUUCAUUUCUGCUGGAGGAUACGACAGAGAAGACGGAAACAAGGCUGUGAUGAAGGGUUGCACUGAUCUUGUAGCUUAUGGUCGCUUGUUUUUAGCUAAUCCAGAUUUGCCUAAUAGAUUUGAGCUUAAUGCACCACUAAAUAAGUAUAACAGAGAUACCUUCUAUACUUCUGAUCCUAUUGUUGGCUAUACCGAUUAUCCAUUCCUCGAAGAUUCGAUAUAA